AAACCUGGUCCUGAGGGAUUCCCUGGUAUCCCUGGAGAUGGUCUGGAUGUUACUGGUCCAAGAGGUCCUUCAGGAUUUCCCGAAGAGGAGGGAGAUCCAGGAAUCCCUGGAGAGGAUGGGCGUGAUGGAAUCCCAGGAGAAAGAGGUAGAAGAGGUGAUGACUGUGGGGUUUGUCCUGGGGGUGAGCCUGGUUUUAGGGGAGAUCCAGGUGAUCCUGGUUUUGAUGGACUUCCUGGACAACCAGGUCAACCAGGUUUCCCAGGACAACCAGGAGAACAGGGCAUACCUGGAAUAGCUGGUCAAAAGGGCAUAUCAGGUCCAGAUGGUUUUCCUGGAGAAGUUGAGAGGGUUGGACCUACAGGUGAGCCUGGGGAUUUGGAAGUCCCCUCCACUCUAAAAAUGAAGGGGAAGCCUGGCGAGCAGGGACCAAGGGGACCAGUUGGCAGAGCAGGAUCACCAGGACCUGGUGGCCCCCGUGGACCCCCAGGUUUCUCUGGGAUACCCGGAGAAAGGGGUAUUUUUGGAGACCCAGGACUAGAGGGCUUGGAUGGUUUGCCUGGACUACAAGGGGAAGAUGGCCUGCCUGGUGAAUUUGGAGAUUCCAUUCCUGGAGAAGUUGGACGCUCUGGACUGGAUGGUUAUGAAGGGACCCCUGGAUUAAAAGGUAGAGCCUUUUUACUGAGGCAGUAUAUAGAAUAA